GGUCCUGACUGUGAGAUGCUCACCCGGCGGUUGCCGCCCAUCAAAGAAGCAAAGCCGCGGUUGCAGAAGCUCUUCCGGGAUUUCUGGCUCUAUUCUGUGCUGAUGGGAUUCGCCGUGGAGGGGUCAGGACUCUGGCCGGAAGAGUGGUACGAGGGCGUCUGUGAAAUAGCCACCAAGUCCCCCCUGCUCACCUUUCCCAGCAAAGAGCCCCUGCGGUCUGUCCUCCAGUACAACUCAGCCAUGAAGAACGACACAGUCACCCCUGCCGAGUUGAGCGAGCUCCGUAGCACCAUCAUCAACCUGCUGGACCCGGCCCCCGAGGUGUCCGCCCUCAUCAACAAGCUGGACUUCGCCAUGUCCACCUACCUUCUGUCCGUUUACCGCCUGGAGUACAUGAGGGUCCUGCGCUCGACAGAUCCUGACCGCUUCCAGGUAAUGUUCUGCUACUUUGAGGAUAAAGCUAUUCAGAAAGACAAGUCUGGGAUGAUGCAGUGCGUGAUCGCCGUUGCCGACAAGGUGUUUGACGCCUUCCUGAACAUGAUGGCAGAUAAAGCCAAGACCAAGGAGAAUGAGGAGGAGCUGGAGCGUCAUGCGCAGUUCCUGCUGGUGAACUUCAACCACAUCCACAAGCGCAUCCGGAGGGUGGCCGACAAGUACCUGUCCGGGCUGGUGGACAAGUUCCCCCACUUGCUCUGGAGCGGGACGGUGCUGAAGACCAUGCUGGACAUCCUGCAGACCCUGUCGCUGUCACUGAGCGCCGAUAUUCACAAGGACCAGCCUUACUACGACAUUCCGGACACCCCCUAUCGCAUUACUGUUCCCGACACCUGCGAAGCGCGAGAGAGCAUCGUCAAGGACUUCGCUGCGCGCUGUGCGAUGAUCCUGCAGGAGGCCAUGAAGUGGGCGCCCACGGUCACCAAGUCUCACCUACAGGAAUACCUGAACAAACACCAGAACUGGGUGUCGGGGCUGUCGCAGCACACGGGGCUGGCCAUGGCCACCGAGAGCAUCCUUCAGUUUGCCAGCUACAACAAGCAGAACACCACCCUUGGGGCGACUCAGCUCACGGAGCGGCCAGCCUGCGUGAAGAAGGACUACUCCAACUUCAUGGCAUCCCUCAACCUGCGCAACCGCUACGCAGGCGAGGUGUACGGGAUGAUCCGCUUCUCAGACGCCACAGGCCGGACGUCUGACCUGAACAAGAUGAUGGUCCAGGAGCUGAAGGCAGCGUUGGGCGCGAGUGACCCUCAGCACUAUACAGAGGCCAUGUUCAAGCUGACGGCCAUGCUCAUCAGCAGCAAAGACUGUGACCCGCAGCUCCUCCAUCACCUGUGCUGGGGUCCCCUCCAGAUGUUCAACGAGCACGGCAUGGAGACGGCCCUGGCCUGCUGGGAGUGGCUGCUGGCCGGCAAGAACGGAGUGGAAGUGCCGUUCAUGCGGGAGAUGGCGGGGGCCUGGCAGAUGACAGUGGAGCAGAAGUUCGGCUUGUUUUCUGCGGAGAUAAAGGAAGCAGACCCCCUGGCUGCGUCGGAAGCCAGUCAGCCCAAACCCUGUGCCCCCGAGGUGACCCCUCACUGCAUCUGGAUCGAUUUCCUGGUGCAGCGGUUCGAGAUUGCCAAGUACUGCAGCUCUGACCAGGUGGAGAUCUUCUCCAGCCUACUGCAGCGGUCCAUGUCUCUGAGCAUCGGGGGCACUGCGGGGAGCAUGAACCGGCAUGUGGCGGCCAUCGGGCCCCGCUUCAAGCUGCUGACCCUCGGCCUGACCCUCCUGCACGCGGACGUGCUUCCCAAUGCGACCAUCCGCAACGUGCUCCGUGAGAAGAUCUACUCCACUGCCUUCGACUACUUCAGUUGUCCCCCAAAGUUCCCUACGCAGGGAGAGAAGAGGCUGCGUGAGGACAUAAGCAUAAUGAUUAAGUUCUGGACCGCCAUGUUCUCAGAUAAGAAGUACCUGACCGCCAGCCAGCUCGUUCCCCCAGAUAACCAGGACACCCGGAGCAACCUGGACAUAGCGGUUGGCUCGCGCCAGCAGGCUACACAGGGCUGGAUCAACACCUACCCGCUGUCUAGCGGCAUGUCCACCAUCUCCAAGAAGUCAGGCAUGUCCAAGAAGACCAACCGGGGCUCCCAGCUGCACAAGUACUACAUGAAGCGCCGGACGCUGCUGCUGUCCCUGCUGGCCACUGAGAUCGAGCGUCUCAUCACGUGGUACAACCCACUGUCGGCCCCGGAGCUAGAGCUAGACCAGGCCGGAGAGAGCAGCGUGGCCAACUGGAGGUCCAAGUACAUCAGCAUGAGCGAGAAGCAGUGGAAGGACAAUGUGAACCUCGCCUGGAACAUCUCUCCUCAUCUGGCCGUGCAGCUGCCAGCCAGGUUCAAAAACACAGAAGCUAUCGGCAACGAGGUGACCCGUCUGGUUCGCUUGGACCCAGGAGCCGUUAGUGACAUCCCCGAAGCCAUCAAGUUCCUGGUCACCUGGCACACCAUCGACGCCGAUGCCCCCGAGCUCAGCCAUGUGCUGUGCUGGGCGCCCGCAGACCCACCCACAGGCCUGUCCUACUUCUCCAGCAUGUACCCGCCGCACCCGCUCACAGCGCAGUACGGGGUCAAAGUCCUACGGUCCUUCCCACCGGAUGCCAUCCUGUUCUACAUCCCCCAGAUCGUGCAGGCCCUCAGGUAUGACAAGAUGGGCUAUGUACGGGAGUAUAUUCUGUGGGCGGCAUCCAAGUCCCAGCUCCUGGCACACCAAUUCAUCUGGAACAUGAAGACGAACAUCUAUGUGGAUGAAGAGGGGCACCAGAAAGACCCUGACAUUGGCGACCUCCUGGAGCAGCUGGUGGAAGAGAUCACAAGCUCCCUGUCCGGCCCAGCCAAGGACUUCUACCAGCGGGAAUUCGACUUCUUCAACAAGAUCACUAACGUGUCAGCCAUCAUCAAGCCCUUCCCUAAAGGUGACGAGAGGAAGAGGGCUUGUCUGUCGGCUCUGUCUGAAGUGAAGGUGCAGCCUGGCUGCUACCUGCCCAGCAACCCCGAGGCCAUCGUGCUGGACAUCGACUACAAGUCCGGGACGCCCAUGCAGAGUGCUGCAAAGGCCCCAUAUCUGGCUAAGUUCAAGGUGAAACGAUGCGGAGUUAGUGAACUUGAGAAGGAAGGUCUGCGGUGCUGCUCAGACUCCGAGGAUGAGGGCAACACGCAGGAGGCCAAUGGCCAGAAAAUCUCCUGGCAAGCAGCCAUCUUCAAAGUGGGAGACGACUGCCGACAGGACAUGCUGGCCCUGCAGAUCAUCGACCUCUUCAAAAACAUCUUCCAGCUGGUCGGCCUGGAUCUCUUUGUCUUUCCAUACCGGGUGGUGGCCACCGCCCCUGGGUGCGGGGUGAUCGAGUGCAUCCCUGACUGUACCUCUCGGGACCAGCUGGGCCGCCAGACCGACUUUGGCAUGUACGACUAUUUCACACGCCAGUACGGGGAUGAGUCCACGCUGGCCUUCCAGCAGGCGCGCUAUAACUUCAUCCGCAGCAUGGCUGCCUACAGCCUCCUGCUGUUCCUGCUGCAGAUCAAGGACCGGCACAACGGCAACAUCAUGCUGGACAAGAAGGGCCAUAUCAUCCACAUCGACUUUGGCUUCAUGUUUGAAAGCUCCCCGGGUGGCAACCUCGGCUGGGAACCGGACAUCAAGCUGACGGACGAGAUGGUGAUGAUCAUGGGGGGCAAGAUGGAGGCCACCCCCUUCAAGUGGUUCAUGGAGAUGUGUGUCCGUGGCUACCUGGCCGUGCGGCCCUACAUGGACGCCGUCGUCUCUCUGGUCACUCUCAUGCUGGACACGGGCCUUCCCUGCUUCCGCGGCCAGACAAUCAAGCUCUUGAAGCAUAGGUUCAGCCCCAACAUGACAGAGCGAGAGGCCGCGAAUUUCAUUCUGAAGGUCAUUCAGAGCUGCUUCCUCAGCAACAGGAGCCGGACCUAUGACAUGAUCCAGUACUAUCAGAAUGACAUCCCCUACUGAGGGGCAGAGUGCCGCAAUCACUGCCUGCUGCUGCGCACGGCCUGCCACUUCAUCUGAUGGACAGAUGGGCCGAGAUGCCCCUGCAGAGCCCGGCAACCCGCUGCCUCCCAAGGUGUCGCCUACAUGGCCCAUGUGGCUGGAAUGACAAUCAGAGCCAGUCUUUGCGCAGGUGUGAGCUAUGCUUGCGCUGGACACAUUCCCUACCUGUCUUGUCUCAGAGGUACAUGAAGUAUUUUCUUGUGUAUAAAAAAUGGAAAAAAUUAUAUUCAAUCUAAGAUUCAACCAACGUGAACAAAAUAAAAACAAAAAAAUGCGUUGGAACCAAUCCAAUAUUAAGUGCACAUUUAGCUGGGGGUGGGGGCCACCCGCCCAGGAGCCUCACAGCCACGAGGGGCCAUCUCCGGUGCCCUGGCUGUGAGCUUCACAAAGACGACUCACCACAGCACAGAUGUACCGAAAAUAACACUGUAUUUUCCCUGAUGGCUCUCAGGGCUG